ACCAUGGUGGACGAAAAGAUACCCCUCGAUGCACCGCCCGCCUACGAUGCCACCGGCGGAGUCGCUGUCCCUACCGCUGCCCCUGCACCGCCCCAACAGCGCCCAGCGGGACCUCGAGCGCCUCUGCCAUUGAAUCUCCCAGCACUCAACAUGAUCCGUGGGAAACGAGUCAUCCUGGCAUCUGCCUCUCCCCGACGAAGACAACUUCUCGCGCAGAUCGGCCUCACCAACCUCGAAAUCAUCCCCUCGACCCUCCCCGAAGACAAAUCCAAAUCCCUCGGCCCCUUCGAAUACGUCCUCGCAACAGCCGAACAAAAAUGCUCAAAUGUCUACCAACAACACAUCGACGACUCUCCCUCGCAAGGCGGUGAGCCCGCCCUCGUCAUCGCCGCCGACACAGUGGUCGCAUCACACUACGGCGACAUUCUCGAGAAACCGCGGUCGGAAAAUGAACAUUUUCACACGUUGAAAAUGCUGCGCGAUCAGAAUCAGGGUUGGCAUAAAGUUUACACUGCGGUUGUGUGUAUGGCUCCGUUUCAGGAAUCGUUGAUGGAUCCGGGGUAUGCCAUUGAGACGCAUGUUGAGGAGACGUUGGUCAAGUUUGAUCAGAGUGUCACGGAUGAUUUGCUGUGGAGUUAUGUCAAGACGAGGGAAGGCGCCGAUAAGGCUGGUGGCUAUGGGAUACAGGGUGUGGGGAGUAUUUUGGUUGAGAAGAUUGAUGGCACCUUUGAUAAUGUCGUGGGACUGCCGCUACGGGCGACGUUGCAGUGCAUUGAAAAGGUCGUUGUGGAACCUGCCGUGGCCGAGGAGGUGGAUAGUGCAUUAUAAUCGAAAUGUCACCAUCUCAUGCCCGAGAUUUACAUUAUACCAAAACACAACUUUGCUGUGAUACCUCUUUAUAUACAAGGUAUACAUAUAUACCAUUAGGAGGUACUUUCGCUGUCGAAACAGCCAGAGAAUGACUCUCAUCUACACGUACAAU